GACCCACCGUCCUCUUUCCUCCCUCCUGUUCCUCUUCUCCUCUUGUUGCCACAGCAACCCAAACUAACACGGAAUAGUAAUGGCUAACGAAAGCAUGUCUGAAAGUUACAAAUCUGCGUGUUCAGAUAACCAGAUAAAAAGGAACCCCCACAUCGCAGAGGUUCUGGAGAAACUGAGGGCGGACGAAAAUGUCACGUUAAAGCUGCCAGGAAACAAACAAAGACAGAGGCUCCAUGAUGAAGACGCCAUGGUUCUCUGUAAAUGUCUGCAAAACAACAAGUGUGUGACAGGUCUUGAUUUGCGAUACAAUAACAUAAGUGAUGAAGGGGUGGAACGUCUGAGCGGCCUUUUACAGGAGGACUCGUCUCUGCUCUCUCUGGACCUGAUGUUCAACGACAUUCUGGCGGGCGGAGCUGAAAUCCUCAGCACAGUGCUGCAGAGCAACACCACUUUGCGUUCGCUGGCUUUGUCGGGUAACAAGCUGGGGAGCCGAGGCGCCGUGCGUCUGGCCGGCAUGCUGCAGCGCAACCACAGCCUGCAGGAGCUGCAGCUGGCGGACUGCGACCUGGGCGUUCAGGGUGUGAUCGCUCUCACCAUCGCCCUGAAAAGCAACACGGGUCUUCUGUCUCUGGACCUGAGCCGAGCGCUGCUCUCCAGCCUCCAGGAGUGGGCGGUGCACGUGUCAGAGAUGCUGGUGGGGAACAGCCACCUGGUGGAGCUGCACCUGGGGAGGAUGGGGAUGACGGACGCCGGGAUGGAGAGGCUGGCUGACGGCCUGACGUCCAACUACAGCCUGCGCUACCUGGACCUGCGCUGUAACCGUGUGACUCGUGACGGCGUGUCCCAUCUGGCUAAGGUGCUGAAGCUGAACCCGACCCUGGAGGUCGUCGAUCUGUCGUUCAAUCGAAUGGAAGACGAGGGUGCCGUGUACCUGAGCGAAGCCAUCACCUCCCCAGGCUGCGGCCUGAGAGAGCUGUCAGUCAAGGGUAACAGCAUCAGCGCUGAGGGUUUACUGUCUCUGGCUCAGGCUACAGGAGCAAACACACGUCUAACACACCUGUACAUCUGGGGAAACCACCUGGAGGAGCCAGUGUGCCACGCCUUCAGAGAGCUGAUGUCCAGCGGUCGCCUGCUGCCGGAGCAGACGGACGUCAGCGUCUACGAGGUGGACGGUCGGGUGUUUCUCGCCGAGGCCCCCCACAGUUUGAGGAGACGCUACAACUCCAGCAGGAAACCCACACACAUCCAGUCACUACCGCCAAACUAA